CUGGAAGACGUUUGAACGUUCCUACUCCUCGACGCGAAAGCUCGAUAUUUUUCCAAGAGUCGGUACCUAUAUUAUUAUCAAAAACGGCGGCUAUCGGCGUCGGGGUGCAACCUGUGUUAUCAUCCGGCUAUCAUAACACAGUGCCACCUCAGAGCGGGGGUGGUGGUUCGACAUUUAGUGCCGCGGCGAUGGUGGCAGCUGCCACCGCUACGGCCACCGCCACUGCUAGCGUGGUGGCCAUGCAGGACCGCCAAGAUAUCCCCGCACAAUUCAAUCAGAUGCAAAGUCAACAUGGGAUACCCCCCCAUCAAGCGUACAACACAGGGUACGCUCAAAGAGGACCAAUGGCUGGAAUGGGGCCAGUUGGAAUGAGCAAUUUUAACGGCAUGGGCGCCAUGAGCCCAAUGCAUUCUAUGAAUUCCAUGAAUUCGAUGAACAGUAUGAGUGGGAUGAACUCAAUGAAUCCUAUGACACUGGGAAGCAUGAACGGCAUGAACGGCAUGAACGGUAUGACCAGUAUGAACGGUAUGAACCCCAUGAGCUCCAUGAGUAACAUGGGUAAUAUGGGAAUGAACAACAUGAUGGGACCUAACAACAUGCAGAUGAAUAAGAUGAACAUGCAGACGCAACCUCAUCAAGGAUACCCAAGAAGAUUAGCUCCAUAUCCUAAUCCAGCCAUGCAUAUGGCGCAAAAGAGGCAGCAGGGUCCUUACGCCAAUCCUAAUCCUGCAGCAAUGCAGCCAGGUUUUAACACGAUGUCGACGACACAAUAUCCAAAUAAUUAUCCGGCUACGGCAAGACCAAACUUCCAGCCUCAGUAUCAACCGAUGCAAGGCAUAAAUCCCGCCGCCGCUGCCGCCGCCGCCGCCGCCGCGGCUGGUUUUGGACCGAAUUCUAUGAUACGUGGGACGAACAUGAGGCAAACGACGCCAUCGUAUAAUACGGCGUCGCAGGCAGCAGCAAACCAAUACUUUAAUAGCAAUGGUGUACCAGUUAGUAUGGGACCUACUACUGUAGGGAACCAAUACAUUGGUCAUCAACAAAACACAGCUUACGGUGGGGGUGGACAAUCUCCGUAUGUAGCUGCUGCUGCUGUCGUUGCUGCAACCACAAGUCAAUACCAACAGGAUGUGGUGGCGCCGAUGAGAACGACGGGAGCAGCGAACAUGAACUAUCAGCAUAGUCCUAUACCUGGAAAUCCAACUCCCCCGUUAACACCAGCGACGAGCAUGCCACCUUACAUUAGUCCAAAUCCGGACAUCAAACCAAAUUUCAAUGAAAUCAAAUCGCCUGUCAAUAUACAAAAAGACGAUGAAUUAAGAUUAACAUUCCCUGUUAGAGACGGUAUCAUUCUUCCACCAUUUCGCUUAGAACAUAAUUUGGCUGUAAGCAAUCACGUGUUCCAAUUGAAAUCAACGGUACAUCAAACGUUAAUGUGGCGAUCUGACCUGGAACUACAGCUUAAAUGUUUCCAUCACGAAGAUAGACAGAUGAACACGAAUUGGCCCGCAAGCGUUCAGGUUUCUGUCAAUGCAACGCCACUCGGUAUUGAUCGUGGCGAAAACAAAACAUCCCACAAGCCUCUUUAUCUAAAAGACGUCUGCCAACCGGGAAGAAAUACUAUACAGAUUACAGUAUCCGCAUGCUGUUGUUCACAUCUAUUUGUUCUCCAAUUAGUUCAUCGACCAAGCGUACGUAGCGUUCUGCAAGGUUUAUUGCGCAAGAGAUUACUUACUGCAGAACAUUGCAUAUCUAAAAUCAAAAGAAACUUUAAUAAUACGAUCUCGAGUAACGGCAUUCAAUCCGAGAAGGAUGUCGUGGAGCAAACAGCACUUAAGGUAAGAAUGGUAUCUUUAAAAUGUCCUAUUACCUUCAAACGCAUUACACUGCCAGCGAGGGGACACGAUUGCAAACAUAUACAAUGUUUCGACUUAGAGUCUUACCUGCAAUUAAAUUGCGAACGGGGUUCAUGGAGGUGUCCUGUUUGCACAAAAGGAGCUCAAUUAGAAGGUUUAGAAAUUGAUCAAUAUGUAUGGGGUAUUUUAAAUACUUUGAAUACAGCAGAGGUAGAGGAAGUAACGAUAGAUUCUGCGGCUAAUUGGAAACCAGCUAAGAAUUUAGCGAACAUUAAAUCGGAAGAGGAAAACGAUUGUAAAAGAAUGACGAAGGCAAUGUCACCUGGAAGUAUGAAUAUGCCUACUAUGAAUAACUGGGAUAUGAACCACCAAGCUAUGAGUCCUUAUAUACCUCCGGAUAUGAGCAGCAUAGUAAGCGGUUCGAUGAUGAACAACACUUCGUCCACAUACGGAAAUAACAAUAUCAAUAGCAAUAUCAAUAAUAAUAUCAAUCACCGAAAUUCAUCUGGUGGAUCAUUUGAUAUUAAUCCUGGGACGAAUAAUACAACCAAUAACGAUUACAGUAACGGAACGGGACCUCUUACACAUUUGAACGAAUCUGUGAAUUCCUUAGAUCCCCUUAAUGCUAUGGAAAAGUCAUUAAAUGAUCAGAUGCCGCACACUCCACACACGCCUCAUACCCCUCACACACCACACACACCAGGUGGUGGUAACAGUGGUCCACCAAGUGUUCCUCCUGCAUCUCAGGAAUCUACAGGAAAUCAUAAUACGUCUGGUAGUACGAGUACAAAUAUAAAUAACGAUACCGCGGAUAUACCGUCAGACUUAAAUUUCGAUCCAGCUGCGGUUAUAGAUGGGGAGGGUACUGGUCAAGAAGCGUUGAAUCUCUUGCCGGACAAUGUCGUAGAUGCAAUGGAGCUGCUUUCAUAUUUAGAAACACCAGAUUUAAAUACUCCUCCUAGUAGUGGAGCAAGCAGCGGAAAUCCCUCAUCUAGCGACGACAUAUUAGCACUUUUUGAAUAAGAUCUCUCAAGGAACUAUAUUACUUCGUAAUGAAAUCAAAUUAUGAUCCUGAAAUCAGGGGUAUGCGAUCAUCAGAUUAGCAUCCUACUGAAUAAUAAAUAACAAUUAUUCCGAUUUAUAUAUGACGAUAAUCGUGUUUGAGGGAUAUAAGCAAAUGUGUUGGAUUCACAGUGGGUGCUCUCACCUAAUCAAUGGUACAAACAAUCUUAGCUCUAAUUGUAAUAAUUCCUAUUGAAAUGAGUUAGGGCAUAUGACUAGGGUAAUGACGACUUUUAACAUUAGUACAGCAAACACGAUAAUUAGUGCUUGUCUGUAAAGAUUUUAUUGCAUGGAUGGCACAAUAGACUUAUAUUAAGAUAUGUUAGUUGUUCUACUGAGCAAAUGUUUUAUUGUAAUUUAUCGAUCAAAUUAUUCGAAUCGAUUUAAAUUCAAUUAAACAACAUGAUAUUUAUAGAAAUGCAAUAUAAGGACUUUAUUAACGAAAUUAUUUUGUGACACAUUUAAGGGGUAUUUUUUUUCUGUUUAAGGAUUUAAAUUGAAACGUUUGCUCAUUGGAACACAUAGUGCCACUUCAAAUGUUUUGAAGUUUUCCUGCAUUAUCGUCUUUACGUAAAAGAUCGGUCUACUCGCGUUCAAGGCUAUGAUGGACCUACAUCACAACAGAACUAUAAUGUAAAUGUACAGUACUUCUUGUAAAUAAGUUUUAAUCCAAUUAGGUAAUACGUUCAUCUGUUGUGAACUACCCUGCUUAUUAAUGGAUAUAGCGCAUAUAGUGUUCCUUUCCAUUAGAUAAAUAGUAGAGCAGAUGGGAAUGAAUAAUUGAGGGAAUAUUGGGCUUCACACUGGAGAUAUAGACAAUUAUUCUUCACGAUGUAUCUCCUGAGAAAAGAAAACAAAAUUUAGAUGCCAUUAAUGAUGAUAUAAGUCAAAACGUAUAUUGCAAAUAAUUUUUGUUUAUUUACUCUUUGGAUAAAUAAAAUAUUUUUUUCGAGAGGUAAUCACUAUUUAAAA